AUGAUUGAUUCAUUGGAAGAUGGACCCUUUGAAGUUCGUAAACCAGCUACCUAUGGUUUUGGUGUAAUGGCUUUAAAUGGUGGGCAAGUUUAUGCUAAAGCAUGUGCUGAUUGUGACGAUUCUUUGUCACAAUCUCUCCCUUCUAGACUUAUAAUUGGAGGAAAUAUAAGUCGUCACACUGAUGUAUUACCAUAUUUAUUUAAAAUGAUUAGUGUAAGUGAUAGUGGUAUAACCGAAUAUAAUACGGCAACAGAAAAUGCAAUAUCAGCAGUAAUAAAAACACUGAAAUAG